AUUGUAUUGGGAGCGCGCGUUGUAUGACGCUCCCGUUACCUGACACGUUUGCAAAUGGCAAACGAUAAGGCGUUCGACAUCCAGUCUGUUUAUUCAGAUCUGAACAAAGCUUGUAGUGCUCAGGCUUAUGAAAAAAUUAUUAAUAUUUCUGGGAGAAUUCUUACGAAUUAUCCUGGUGAAAUUAAAGCUUUUCAGUGCAAGGUUAUUGCCCUUAUUCGAGCCGAAAAAUAUGAAGAAUGUUUGAGUUUCUUAAAAAAAAACUCAGCACUGAUCAAUCAUGUCAUUUUUGAGAAAGCCUACGCUGAAUACAGACUCAAUCGUCUCACUGAAGCUGCAAAAACUCUAGAAGCAGCCGACGUGAACAACCCGAAAGUUCAGGAACUAAAAGCCCAAGUGUUGUACAGAAAAGGUGAUUUCGCUGAUGCAUAUUCAUGCUUGCGAACAGUGAUUCGAAAUUCUCAAGAUGAUUAUAGCGAAGAACGGCUUACGAAUUUGACAGCGGUAGCUGCUGCUGAAUCAUGUUUUAAUAACAUUAAUCUGGAUCUAGAUUUUAAUCCACAAAUGUAUGAAGGGAAGUUUAAUCUGGCAUGUUAUCAGCUUGGACGUGGUGAUCUUCAAUUGGCAGUUAGAUUGUUAGAUGAUGCUGAAAAUAUGUGUAAUUUGUGUCUCUCCGAAGACCCGGAAGUAACUGAAGAAGAAAAGAAUGUAGAAUUAGCUCCUAUAAGAGUUCAACGAGCCUAUAUUUUGCAGCUCAACAAGAAAGAAGAGGAAGCAAACCAAAUGUAUCAAUCAGUCAUUCGACAAAGAGUUUCAGAUCCUGCACUUUUGGCAGUAGCUGCCAACAAUAUUGUUUGUAUUAAUCAAGAUCAAAAUGUUUUCGAAAGCCGUAAACGUAUUAAGAUGACUUCCGCAGAUGGUUUACAGUUCAAACUUUUUUCUCGCCAACGCAUUGAUAUGCUUAUCAAUCAAGCUUUGUUUUACUGGCACACGAACCAAAUGGAAGGUUGUACUGCAAAAUUGAAAACAGUUUUACAAGAGGAGUUAAAUCCGCGGGCUUUGCUUUUAUCAGCUACCCAGUUAGUUAAAGAGAAAAGUGUUGAUAAAGCAAUUACACUCCUGGAAAAUUAUUUGUCCAAAAUUCCUGUCAAUCAGAUUGAUGCAGAUAUCCCUUUAGCUUUGGCUCAAUUAAAUCUGCGCCAAACAUCUCGAAGUCAUUUAGGACAUGGUAUUCCUCAAUCGAAAAAUGCAUUAAAUGUAGCUGAAAUGCUUGGAAAUGCUCUUCCCGAGCAUUUAAUCCAUUCUCCUGGAGUUUUGUCAACACGCAUUGCUUUAUAUCUUUUAGCCAGCUCUGGUGAAAAUGCUGUUCAAACACAUUCUGAUAGUAUGAAAAAAAUAGUUAAUUGUAUUGAAUCAACCCUUCAUUAUUAUGAAGAGUUAGGAGGACAGGAUGAAAUUUAUUCCCACUUGUUGGAUCAUUGUGCUGCAUUCCUGCUACAACAAGGUGAAGCAAAACUCGCGGCUGAACUUCUUGAAAAACAAUUAGCUCGACUUGAAUCAAACAUUUCGCAAGAAAAACAAAACACUCUAAUCAAACAAGUACUAGUAGCCCGAUUGGUACGUGCUUAUGCACAGUUCGAUCGUCCUAAAGCUGAAAAAACUUGUAAAUCAUUGCAGGCUAAAGAAACACUUUCAGAGGCUGAUGUCGAUACAUUGGAAACAACUUUCUUAUAUGGAGCGAAGUCUUUAAAACGGCUUGGUAAACCCAAUGAGUUAGCAAAUACUUCAGACAAAGGCAAAUCAAAACGAAGCCAAGUUAAAAAAGGGAUUUCUGAUACUCCCUCUUCAGAAAAUCCUGGUGCACAGCAGAUUGCUUCCCGUUCUAAACGUAAGAAGAAGAAGGUUCGCCUGCCAAAGAACUAUCAACCAGGAGUUAUGCCUGAUCCUGAUCGUUGGUUACCUCGACGAGAACGUACGCACUAUCGUGGCAAACGUCGUGACAAGCGAUUCGCUCCCACACGGGGUCCUCAGGGUCAAAUAACUGGAGGAAAUGAAUGGGAUGCGGCUGUACGCAGUCCUAAAGUUACAGUUCACGAAGACGGUUCAGCAGGAUCUACUCCUAAACAAAUUUCUAAUACAGCUAAACAGCAACAAAAGAAAGGUCGUAAGAAAGGCCGAUAAUAUCAUCAGAAAAAAAAAUGAAAAUCAGAAAAUAGUCUGUAACUAUUUCAUCAUGUAUUUUGUGUGCUGUAUUUAGCAUCUAUGUACAUGUUAUUUGUAGUUUAAUAUCUAAUUUCUUUUCUUAUUCACAUUCUGAAUACAUCUGUAUGUAUACCCAUGAAAUAUAUUUGUUUUGUCUAAUUAUUCUGUUUGACAGUAUAUUCUUAAUAUCAUUUCCAUGGGUUCCAAUCUUUAAUUUCUGUUCGCUCAUUUAACAUUCAUUAUGAUGUAGUGAUUGUUAUACUUUUCCGUUGUUCCUGUUCUUUAAGGGUUUUUUUUCAUUGUAUCACGGCACAUAUUAAAUUGGUCUUUAUGGAUUAUCUUUUCAUUUGUUAUUCAUAAAUAACACUUUCUAACAAGUUAAAUAUAUAUACUACUUUUAUUCCAAA